GUACGCAUACAUUGCUCCAUCAUUUCGUGUGUUGAACAGCAACGCGUUGAACGAGAACAAUCGACGUGAUGAAGACAUGCAACGCCCAGCUUCUACUGCAAAGGUUGCCAAGUUUCGUACAAAACAUCGCGGAUUUCAAGCAUCACGAAGCUGGUCUAGCGAUUCUUCCCGAUUACUCGCGACAGAGGACGCACGACGAGUUGAGGGGCAAUCCUUGGAUCGCUGCCUGUGCCCCUCUAUUGCUUUUCUGUUCCGUCGAACGCAUGUUGAUGAAUGCUGACCUUGAGGAUCAACUGGAUGACAAAUUGCUUGAUAUAGAGUGUGACCUGAAAAUGGUCGCCGAGGGUUUCAUCGGCGAACAUGAGGAGCAGCAGCGACAUAUGGACGUGAUGACAGAUGCACGUCAGCAUUCAUCUUGCCACUGCCAUCGCUCAGAGGGCGUCGGCAUGCCUUCCUUGGACGUGUUGCUAGAGUUUCUGAGACAAAUGGGUGUUGUCGUGAAAGUCCGGCGACACCUGCUGCAUGCAUGGAGGCGUGUGAUGCUGUUCGGUGAUGUUGAGUUUGUAAGCUUAUGCCAACGAAUCGAAGCAGCACGCCGCAGCAAGGACACGCUCGACCAUCAAUUGAUUCUUCCUUUGGCAAGAAUGUUCGAGAAUGAGCUUCGCGUCGUGAGCUUUGCCGUGAGAGCGAUCCACCUGCAGGAAACAAGCUUUGUUCAGCGCCAAGAUUUCGUGUUGUGCCAGAUGGAGCUUCGCGAUGCAAUUACCACGUGGGAGGGAGGGCAUCUCGGGCAGGUCCUCUGCAGAAGAGUAAAGGCGAUCCUGAUGGCGAGGAAUGGUGGACACGAAGGACCACUUGCGCUUCAAAGGGGUUCUACCAAACCAACCGCACCGCCACACAACAGGACAACCUGCAUCUACAUCAUUUGGAGAAUUUUGGGUGUGGGUGGUGCUCUACAGCGUAGUGUGACUCUAUUCUUUCAUCGGUCCCUUUUUCUCUGCCUCUCUCUUGGGCUCCGGGCAUUUUCGGGUAGGGCGGACAAUGGGCAGCGCACACAGCUUACGGGGAGGGGGGCGCGGCAGAGGUUCAACCGGACUAAAGUGGCAGACCUCAUGCCCAAACUUAUGCUUCCCAACCGUCACGAUUGUUGUUGAUGAGUUAAUGCAAAGCUUAUGGGGUAACCCUAGAAAGUGUAGAAAGCGUUUCAGGAUGUUAUCCUAGUGUGGAAUUCCUGCCUAAUGCAGAUAGAUACGUAGGGGUUGGUUGCAUGGACCGGAAUUUUUUUGGCGGUCAGGGGGUCCGAACCCGAGCGCUGGCACGGUGGCAAGGUAGGCUCUCUGCGCUGUUCUGUUGCCUCUCUUCCGGUGGUGUGGUAGGGUGAUGUGCACGUCUUGUGUGAGUGCAUUACAGAGAAUUUUGGCCCGGAGGACUAGAGCCAGCUGGUUGAGGGUGUGCGGUGUCGUCCGCAGUAUAUUGUGCAGGCAAGUAGGGCCAAGCAUUACACGGCACUGUUCGAGACCGCCCUACUGAGGGAAUUGUAGGCUGAGCACACGAGACGCGCAAAACGUGCUCAUAUUCUUGUGCCAUGCGAUGUAAAUACCGGGGGGUUGGCUUUGUUGACGGAGGUUUCUCUUGCACAACAAACAUGCCUUGAUGUUACAGUCAAAACAGCCAUGCUAACUUUCGUGAAAAUGACCCCUAGCAAUGGAUUAUAAAAUGCGUUCAAAGUAUCGGGAUUUAUUCUCACUUUGUUAACCUUUUCCGGCACAAUCGCGCUCCCACAGCAGUUCGUGGCUGUCACUUUACACUUGUCUCUCAGAAGAUACUGAAACCGUUCAUUAUCUAUUUACUCCUAGAUUUCCCACGUGUGCCUUUAAGCUGAGCUUGUAGACAUUCAUCACGAAUUCCCUUGUAACACCAGUUGCUCUUGACUCUCAUGUGGCAACUCGUUGACAACGAAGGUACAUCAGAUUCAUUCAGGCAUCAACUACAAACUCAAGUGCACCUGUGUACACAAACUAGUAUAGCGGCCUGUUUGCACUAUUUAUACCAAAGUUUCGUUCGGACGCGAUUUUUCUCUUGGCCCUGCUGCCAUCUGACAUGUAUUUUUCAUCUUUUCGGUUAUUAAUUGUAUAUAUGAACUCGCAGCACGCCCCCCCGCCUUGCGGCUGUUUGACCUUGCCUGAAAGGAUCGGCUUUAAACUUACAAGCUCAUUUUGGUUGCGAGAGCAUACAUAUGGGUGUGCCCUUGUGCAUGUCGAUUUUGUUGUGCUGGCUACUGCAUGCGUGUCCGCAUGUUUUGUCGCCGUUUGGUACUAGGGGUACCUUCUCGGUUGUUGAUGCGGCUGUUGAGCGAGCACCAUCAGUGUUCAUGUUCAGCAGCAGCUGAGGCAGUUGACAAAUUGUGAGCUGUCUUUGCAUUUGUUGGUGUGUUUCAAAGCGAUUGCCUGGGGAGCAGACUGCAAGCUAUGUGGUUCGUCGUGGCCCCGUGCAUGCUAAGAUGUUGGAAAGGUACUCCUUUCCGUGGUCGUUCGUUUCCAUCCAAACCCGUGUAGCUCACUUAGCACGCUGAAUAUUUUGUUGGUAUUUAGUUGUCUCUUGAGUUGGCAAUGCCAGCAUCACCUAGGCCGUGUGCCUAACAUUUGAUCUAUACUCGGAAUAUUGUUUCCCUACCGUUGGUAGCCAGUCCCUUUUCGUUUCAGCGGACCUGCAUUUUUGGCACUUGAUUCGACAUGUUUUCGUUUCGCUAUUAAUCUGCAACUUCCCGCAACUCUGUGCCUCACGUUGGAUGUGUCGCAGGGAUUGUCGUUCAAGUCUCCUUUGUUUUUAUCCUACUCUGAUGGAACAGUUUCUCAAGAGGCGGUUGUGAACGGCAUCAAUGGUUUGGAAGGAACUACGACCAAUUUCGCGUUUAGUAUCGGUUGAUCGGCUUGUUUAAACCACUUCUUGCUGUUUUGAGAGCUUGCAAGCGCGAUCACAUGUGCUUGAGUGAGUGGACGCUUCGUUCUGAACAGCCCCUCAAAGAGUGUGAACGAUUUAACGCGAAGUCCUGGAAGAGAAGACGAGGGCAGUAAGCCGGCCGCGCGUUCUUUUAUCAUGUUGUUAAUCGGCCGUGCAACCCAGAGGUUAAGACGUGGUCGUAUUGAGACCAGAAACGAGGAUAGAGCCUGUGCUCGGAUCUGUGGCAAGAGGGGCGGACAAUGUACACGAGAGAAAGAGUGCGAGAGAUGUAGAAAACGCCUGAAAUCAGUUAGGGCCUGGGACCAGUCACUCGCUCCGUUGCCUACAGGGCGACGGCCUAAGAUUGCAACUUGACUGCUGUGGUUUGCGUUCUUGACACUGUUCAGCUGACCGAAUUACAGCCUAAGAGUGCAAUUCUAAGAGUUCCAUUCCGACUAGAGUUGGUUUCUGCUGCGGACAAAAAACACGAAAGAAAUCUUGUCCGUGAUUUUUGACCGAGCUCAAUUUUUUUCAGCUCGCGAAAGCUACGCGUACGAGAUCGCGGCGCUGCCUUCGCGCGACCUAGGCCUGGACUUGUGUCGAACGGAUUUAAUCGAAGCGAUACCGUUGCCAAACGAAAAGCCUUGUCUCUUGCUCAGUCCACAUAGCAUCCCUUUGGCGUUAUUUUUUAGUCCCUGCACUUACUGGUCUUCGCCACGACUGAAUUCUCUGACCUCAACACACGCCAGUCCUCGCCAACGCACGGAGCGUUUCACCUCGCAUCGCAGGCAAAGCAUCCAAAAAGUACAACCGCCUCGCAGGCGCGCCCUCACAGGCUCCGCGCGCCUGAGGUCGAAACCCUUGCAUUGUUCCCACGUGAUCCAUGACCAAGCAAGAUAAAGCCCCAGCUAGACGCAGCUCGAUACGAUGAGACAGAAUAAGGAUGCCUCGCGAGUCUCGGCAACGCUGGUGGCAACAGGGUGAGCACGCCUACAAGUAUCGACUCGGUCGAAUCCGACUGCAGUUCCGCACGGCAGAUGAAACAAUUUUUUAUUCGCAUGGACAUCCCCAGCCUGCUAACCGACCUGUACCAGACUUUUGAGAGUCAACGAUGACCCACUAGGCACUACUGUGUGCCAAAAGUUUCAAAGCCAUUCGAUCUAGACGCCGCGUUCGAGAGCAAGUUUCGCUGCAGAUCGGCCGACCUCACCUGCCAGCAAAGAUCAGCAAUUUCUCACACAUACUGACUCCCUC